AUGCGUUUAACACAGGCUCAAAUUGAGCAUUUACAAAACAACACAAAGGGUAUCAGAAAUAUAUGUAUUCUUGCCCAUGUUGAUCAUGGUAAAACAUCGCUUUCCGACUCUUUAUUGGCAUCUAAUGGUAUUAUAUCUCAGCGUCUGGCUGGUAAAGUGAGGUACUUGGAUUCCCGGCCUGAUGAGCAGUUAAGGGGAAUUACUAUGGAGUCUUCUGCCAUUUCGUUGUACUUUAAGACAAUUCACAAAGAAAGAAAUAAAGAUGGCAAGGACGAUCAGAGUGAAAUCAAAGAGUAUCUCAUAAAUUUAAUUGAUUCGCCUGGCCAUGUCGAUUUCUCUUCUGAGGUAAGCAUCGCUUCUAGACUUUGCGAUGGUGCGGUGGUCUUGGUUGAUGUUGUCGAAGGUGUCUGCUCACAAACUAUUACUGUUCUCAGACAGUGUUGGGUUGAUAAGCUUAAGCCUAUUCUUGUCCUAAAUAAGAUCGAUAGAUUGAUCACUGAGCUUCAGAUGACUGCAUCCGAAGCUUAUUAUCAUCUUUGCAAAGUUAUUGAGCAAGUAAACUCUGUUAUUGGAUCGUUCUACGCUGGCGAAAGAAUGCAUGAUGACUACCUAUUCAGAGAAAAAGUUGACAAGGGUGAAGCUGAAGCUACGGAGUUUGUUGAAAAGGACGACACUGAUAUCUAUUUUUCUCCAGAGAAAAAUAACGUUAUAUUUGCUUCGGCUCUGGAUGGAUGGGGGUUCAAUGUUGCACAAUUUGCUGUUAUAUACGAGAAGAAAUUGGGAAUUCCUAGGGAAAGAUUACAGAAGUGCCUUUGGGGUGACUAUUAUUUUGACCCUAAAACCAAGAAAGUUCUUACACCAAAGGGUUUAAAAGGAAGAAACUUGAAGCCAAUGUUUGUUACUUUUGUUUUAGAUAACAUUUGGUUUGUUUAUAGUGUGUCUGUUGUCAAUAGGGAUCAGGAGAAACUGGAGAAGGUGGUCAAGUCGCUCAAGAUUAAGAUUCCUCUCAGAGAGUUGACCUCCAAAAAUUCGAAGCAGCUCAUUAACACAAUUAUGAGCCAAUGGAUUCCUGUUUCUAAUGCGGUUCUCCUCACUGUUGCCGAUAAGUUACCGUCUCCUUUGGAUUCGCAGAAGCAAAGAAUUCAAAGUAUUUUGGACUCUACGCCAAGUUCAGGACUUAUUGAUUCCAAUCUCAAGCAGAGUAUGAUUGAAUGCGAUACGGGGGGUAUCUUAUCUUGCUAUGUUUCGAAAAUGCUUUCAAUACCAGAGAAGGAUCUUCCUGAGAACCAACGCGAAGCCGUAAGUCAGGAUCAGUUGGCUGAGCGUGGUAGACAGGCACGUAUUGCUGCUGCCGAAGCUGCGGAGGCUGCAAAAAGGAUGGAAGAAGCUGCUAAGGAGAAGUCUGAUUUAUAUUCUCGUGCUAAUGAUACCACGACUAUUACAGAUGAGUUCGAGUUUGAAUAUGAGGAAGAGGAAGAAACAGAAAACGCUGAACUAGAGGACAAAUCUGAGAAGGAUGUGUUGAUUGGAUUUGCCAGAAUUUAUAGCGGUACGAUAAGUGUUGGCGAUGAGGUCUGUGUGCUCAAACCGAGAUUCAAUCCUUCCAAGCCCACGAAACAUAUCUCGAAAGCAAAAAUAGCCAGUCUUUACUUGUUAAUGGGCAAAAACCUAAUUCCAUUGAAGACGGUUCCUGCCGGAAAUAUUGUUGCCAUAGGGGGAUUGGCGGAUCAUUUGUUGAAGAGUGGUACUCUAGUAUCCCUAGGAGUGCUUGGUGUCAAUUUGGCAGGUAUUGAUAUCACCCCACCACCGAUUGUGAAAGUUGCUCUUGAGCCGGACAACCCUGCUCAAAUGGACAAGCUCGAAAAGGGUUUAGAGUUACUUAAUCAGGCUGAUCCUUGUGUGCGAACAUACGUUGAAGGUACGGGAGAACAUAUUUUGGCUACAGCAGGUGAAUUACAUUUAGAGAGAUGUCUGAAGGACUUAAGAGAGAGGUUUGCUGGCAUUGAAAUAACAGCUUCGGAGCCCGUUAUUCCUUAUAGGGAAACUAUUGUAUGUGAAACAGAGAUGAACAGUCCUAAGAAUCCGGCAUUAGGUAGAGGUGUGUUUCAGCUCACUCUCGGUAGGUACAGAGUUACUUUUGCAACACGCCCAUUGCCCAAAGAAGCUAUGGUUUUUCUUUCCAACAACCAGAAUACUGUUAGAGAGAUGCAGGGCUCAUUUGAUAAAAGGGAGGAGACUUCCGAAGAUGAGGAUGAGGAGUUUGGCCAAUUAGAGUUUCCAGAAGCUAAUUCUGUGACUCUGAGUAAAGAAGAGUUUAAGGAAAAGCUAGGAAUAGCUUUAGAGACCGGAAAUAAGUCGAAAAUCAAGGAUGACUUUUUGUGGUCACAUUCCUUAGUGGAAAGGAUCUCUGCUUUUGGACCGAAACGAAUUGGCCCUAAUAUCUUAUUUGAUUGUAAAGAGCACCAGAUCCGAAGGCUUUUUGAAGAAUCUAGUCAAAAUUCCGGUUCAGCUAGAUUUGAAUAUGAGUAUAGUCUAUUUAGCGGGUUCCAGUUGGCUGUCUUUGAAGGUCCAUUAGCAGCAGAACCUGUUCAGGGCAUUGCAGUUUUCAUCAAGUCCAUCGAACAAGUGGAUGCCGAUGAAGUAGUGGAGGUUUCUAACCUUUCUGGAAGACUUAUUUCUGCUUCAAAGGAUAUCAUUCACAAAGGUAUUUUAGAUUGGUCUCCUAGACUUAUGCUUGCGAUGUAUGUUUGUGACAUUCAAGCAUCUGCAGAAGUCUUGGGUAAAGUUUAUGCUGUUGUGCAAAAGAGGAGAGGUUCGAUAGUAAAAGAAGAGAUGAAAGAAGGUACUCCUUUCUUUACCGUGACUGCCAAAAUUCCGGUGGUGGAAGCAUUUGGCUUUAGUGACGAUAUUAGAAAACGAACGUCUGGAGCUGCUUCUCCACAAUUAAUGUUUGCAGGAUUUGAUGCCAUUGAUGUGGAUCCAUUCUGGUCCCCUACUACAGAGGAAGAAUUGAAGGAACUAGGCGAAAUUUCUGAUAAGGAAAACAUAGCCAGAAAGUACAUGAACGCUGUUAGGACCAGAAAGGGCUUGUUUGUGGAUGAGAAGGUUGUGAAAAAUGCAGAAAAGCAGAGAACGUUGAAGAAGGACUGA